GCAGCAGCGCGACAAGAAGAAGGAAGCGGCAGUCACUCUCAGCACAGUCCAGGAAGCGGUGGCCCCCCUCUCCAGCUCCUCCGGCUCCAGUCGCCGAUCGGUGCGCUCCACAUAUGGUUCUCCUCCGGCACAUCUCCAUCGCCCUGACCGCCGCCGUGGCUGCCCUGGGUUCCGCUCUCUUCAUCGCCUUGAACUUCUUCUACAAGAGGCGAAUAUGGUCACCACAAGCGGAAUACUGCACGAUCAAAGAGGAGGAAGAGGAGCGUGGGAAGCGUCAGGUCCUGGUCCUCGGCCUGGACGGGGCCGGGAAGAGCAGCAUGUUGCAGGGUUUGACCCCCGGGGAGGCAGCGGCUAAGAGAGGCCGCUGCCGGCCCACCCGCGGCUUCAACUUCAUGAGCCUCAAUGCCCCCGCCUGUCAGCUCGACUUCCUGGAGAUUGGAGGAGGGGAGGACCUGCGGCGGUACUGGUCGGAUUACCUGAGAAGGACUCACGUUCUGGUGUACGUGGUGGACUCCUCUGACAAGAGCCGCUUCCCGUUGGCUAAGGCUGAACUGCACCGCCUGCUGAGCGUGGAGCCCCAGCUGCCCGUGGUCGUCCUGGGAAACAAGCAGGAUAAACCCAAUGCUGUGAGCGUGUCGGAGCUGCAUGAGGCCCUGUCUCUGGGCUCCGUGACCGAGGACAGGAAGCUGUUCCUCUUGGCUGCCCAGCUGGGUUCUGACGGAGCCCUGAGGAACUCCUGCCGGGGCCUGGACACCUUCCAGGACCUCCUGCUCCAACUCGUCUGAUCUCACCUCCCCCCGCAGAGCAGAAGAGAAGGAGAAGGAGAGACGAAAACAAAGGGAUGGCUCAAAGCAAUCUUCCUCCUCCUCUUCCUCCUCCUUGUUUAAGCUCUUGCGUAUUUGAGGCCGAGGAGGAGGAGUAGAUGACGAAGACUGCAGGAACUGAGGCAGAGGAAUGACUGAAUCAGAGGAGAAGAUGCCAAGAUGGAGCACAAAGCGUUGCAGUACCUCCUCGUCUUCCUCCUCGCCCUUUUCCAUCUACGUCAGUUCAGCUGGUUUUAGAAGAAGCAGCUUUCGAGGCGCCUCCAGCUCAUCCCACUAUACACUUUUCUUCUCAUCUUACUCAGCGGAGAAGAGGAGGUGCAGAGGGAGGAGGAUGAGGACAGAAGGUGGGACAGAAGGAUGAAGGUUUGUUCCUGGAGUCUGUGACUCAGAACCACAAUGUUCACCUCCUGCCAAUGAUUCAGACUGUGGACUCGUCUUAAUGUCAACGUGUGACAGCUUUAUUUAAGCAUGUAGAUUACACUGUAUAUAAACCGAAGUGUGUCAAGUUUGUAGAUGCAUAUAGAGAUUUCAUCCCGUUGCUGUUUUCUGAAAGUCUUUUGUGUUCAGCAGAGCAGAACAGGUAAUAUUCAGGGCUGCCAGGUUGGAGCCCCCCCGGGGACUAAAGCUGCACCAGCUGGAUGAGUUCACUGACUGGGUAUUUGGAAGAUACUCGCUGACUCCAACACUGAGGCUUUACUGAGAUGAAUUUUUAAAAAAAAGGAAUUUAAAGGGAUCCCCGGACGGUUUGAAAAGCAGCGGAAAGCGUUUCCGUGAAUUUCUUCACAACAGCUUGAGAGCAUUUUAAGCUUCUUCAUUUGAAACCAAUCCCUCUUCGGUUAUGUGUUACGCCCCGAGAAUGCUACACAAAUUACAGCUGACUACCGCACAUCGCUCAAGUUUGCCUUUUCCCAGUAUCAGCCAAAUCCAGUUAAUACGUAAGAAUCUCUUCGUCAGAUGAUGCUGACACUUUGAACAGAACUACUGAAUGUAUAGGCACAAUCAGUCACACAAGGUCAGAAUGUUCCUAAACAAGAAACCUUCCCUCAGGGAAAGCAAGGCGGGGGAAAGAGUGUUUUGUGGAGAUAAGAUCUGCUUUCAGUUGCACUCAUCAGUCUCAUUCUGCAAGGAUUUGAGCUGCUUUCAGUCCUUUAGAGCGCAUACAUUCCCAAUGCUGUUUGCUCCACAGAUAGAUCGCUGUGUACAAGAUGCUCAGACAGGGACUAGGAUCCAGUAAAUCACACAUCCUUGAAUGUAUAAAUACAGAUGUGAAGUGUCUGACUUUAAUGCUCCUUGUACAGAUAAACUUGAAUUAGCCAGAUUCUGAUUUUUAACGCUGUAUCUGUGCAGCAGUGUUUACUUAUAACACACAAUUUUUUAAUGAAAUGUGAAGUUUUAUUCUGUAAUUCUGCAGAAAUGUGGUUUUCACAGUAGCUAAGAGUUUUGUGGAUCGUUGUACGUACUGUGUUUUUACAACCAAUGACUGCUUGUCAUUCUUGUCUUCAUGUGUGAUGUAAAUGGCAAACUGUUAGAUGUGAAUUCAUGCAUGUCUUUAUGUUGUGUUGUUCUCUUUUAAAAUGGCGUUGAUGUGUCAGCUGCAGUUUCUUAAACAGCAAGUGUCCAUUGGGUUAUUUAGUCUUAAAGGGGAACUCCACCGAUCACAUGUAUUUUGAGAAAAAUUAUUGUACGUGAGUCAUAACUACAAGAAAAAAUAGAUGUUAUUUUACAAAUCACAUAUUUAAAUGACUUUUUGACCCGCCUGCAAAUCUACCUGCGCAAGACAGCAGACAACAAAUAACUGCAUUCAAAACAACUGGACUGGAACACAGCACAACUUCUCCUCGGAGUCGCUGACGGCGAUUGGAGAGGGAACGUGGAAGAGGAAGGGGGAACGCCUACACUGAGCGUGAUUGGCUGGAAAGAGGUUACAUGACGAAAGAUGCAUAAAUACAGAUGUAGGCUCCAUAUUAUGCUAUCCUGAUCAUGUCGGAAAAAUGAAGUAAAAUGACUAAAACCAGCUACUAUUUGUAAGCACCGCAAAAUGGUCAAAUUAUUGUACAUUAUGACAUUAUUUAUCACACUGAGGACAAUAUUUUCGCACAAAUA